AUUUUGUUGUCUCCUAGACUGCUUCUACUCGGCCUAGAAAGGGUUUUGGGAGGAUCAGCUGCCGGAAUGGUUAACCUAGGGCCAUCUGAGCGGCAGCCAAUCACAGUGCCUGGCAGGAAAUACCUGCUUGGGAGAUUCCUCAAGAGUCCUACAGCCCAGCCCUACCCCAAGGACUUCUUGUGGCCAGCUGCAGUACAGUUCUCUUCUUUCUUCUCUUCCUGAGACAAAGAUCUGCACCAGGAAUCCCCCACCCCCUUCCCCAUCCAACCAGGCCCCCAGACAUCCCUAGUCCAGGCCCCCCGAGUCCCCACCUGCACCUCCAGGAAGUCCUUUAGCACCUCCUUCCCUGAAACCUACCCUGACCCUUGUCAAGAGUCUUCUGGGAACCUGAGCUAUGCGGAGCGUGGUCUGUUUCUGGCUUGGGGCAUGGCUGGGGAUAGCCCUGGGGACAACUCCAAGACCUGCCAGCCUCCUGAGCCUGCUCACCUCCAACCAAAGUUCUAUGGACUCUGUCGCCCUGAGCUCUCUAUUAAAUACACUGGCGGCCCGUGUGCAAUGCCCAGAAGAGCCGUGUGGAAAGUGCAUGACUGUGGAGAAUGUCCUGGCCCUGGCAGGACAGGGUUUGAUCCAGGGUCCCCAGAAUGUUACCCGGUUCUGUGCUGGGAUCGCUCUCUACCUCAGUGAUCCAAAGGGCACGUGUGCUGCUAUCCAGGAUGGAAGCUGGGGCUCCAAGGCUGAUCAUCUCCUGGCUUCCUUGACCUCUGCCGGGACCCAUUAUCCCAAUAUCCUGAAUCAACUUCUUCAGCAGAUCCAAGGACACUACCAAGGAGAGGAUAGCAAUGGCAAGAGUUGUGUGGACACACACCAGAUCCUGGAAGAAGCGGCAGGAGCCCAGGGGGAUGAUGGCCAAGGUCCAAGCACAGCUCUGGCUGCCCUCCUGGACCACGCCUUAGCUGGGUCCUGCUUCCACGUCCUGCCCAGUCCCCAGUACUUCAUUGAUUUCGUCUUCCGACUUCAUAGCAAUGAGUCACGAAACCUCACUCUGCUUGAAUUGCAGGCUCUGAUGAGCCAGCUACACGUGGGGAGGGAGGCUGAGGUCCAUUCCCACGCCGGCCACGAAGAACACCAUGAGCAGCAUCUUCACAGAGGACACAGCCUGGGAGAGAGGACCAGCCGACAGCCCAGGCAUCUUCAAAAGGCCCAAGACGCUGCUAGUGUGUGGGACAGUGUAUGCCUGAGUGCCUCUGAUGUCCUGGAGGUCUACGGACUGUCGGAAAAGGAAGGUGUGUCCCCAGCUGCCUGGGCCCAGCUCAGCCCAGCCCUCCUCCAGCAGCAGCUAAGUGGGGCCUGCAUAUCAACUUUGCUCCCCACCCAGGAUGAUCUCAGCCUGUCCCAAAAAUACCUCUACAGCUCUGUAGCCACGCUGAUCAUCUGCCUCGCUUCUGUCUUUGGCGUGGUGGUUGUGUUCUGUGCCUCCUGCAAGGCUAUAUCCCACUACGUCAUCCAAACCUUCCUAGGCAUGGCUGUGGGUUCCCUCACUGGGGAUGCUGUGCUUCAUCUCAUCCCUAAGGUACUAGGCCAACAUUCCCAUGGGACAGAAACUGGGCACGGGAACCCUGAACUUGUGUGGCGGCUCUUGGGUAUAUUGGGUGGCUUUUAUGCCUUCUUCCUCCUUGAGAACCUCUUCAACAUCCUGAUGCCCCAGGGUUCAGAGGACAAAGAGGACAGCAACGCCUGCAACCACAGCCACGGAAUGCCCCUGCAGCUGGUGACGGAUGAACUGUCACACCAGAAGCAACACCAGCAACAGGAAGGCUCCAGAAUAGACCUGGUGUCAGAUGAGAGUCCAGAGUUUUCUGGUCAGGAUGGCAAAAAACUGAGCCGAGACUUGCAGCUUCUCCCCUACAUGAUCACCCUUGGAGAUGCCCUUCAUAAUUUUGCGGAUGGGUUGACUGUGGGUGCUGCCUUUACUGCUUCAUGGAAGACGGGUCUGGCCACCUCGCUGGCUGUUCUGUGCCAUGAGGUGCCCCAUGAACUUGGGGACUUUGGUGCCCUGCUCCAUGCCGGACUGUCCGUGUGGCGUGCCCUCCUACUGAACUUGCUCGCGAGCUUGACAGCCUUCGCUGGGCUCUACGUGGCUCUGGGGAUCGGGUCCAAUGAGGAAAGUGAACUCUGGAUUCUCACGGUCGCCACUGGGCUCUUCUUCUAUGUGGCGCUCUGUGACAUGCUGCCAUCAAUGAUGAAGGUGAAGGACAAGAGGCCCUGGCUGCUCUUCUUCCUGCACAAUCUGGGACUCCUAAGUGGCUGGGCCAUCCUGCUGGUGCUGUCUUUGUAUGAGGAGAACAUCACCUUCUGAUCCCUUGCUCACUGGGCUCUGACUUCUGACCCCUGCUGUCACCUUGUACAAUGCACCAGAUACUUCUCUGGGGUGCUCUUUGAUAUUUCCUGAGUUGAGGUACCCCUAUGUGCCCUCCCUACCCCCAGCACCCUCUAGAAUCUCAGGAUCCUUUCAUUAGAUCCUCAGAGAGAAUUUCUACAAAAUACUUUCAACACUUACUAAAAUGCAUAUAUAACUCUCGCUAGAAGGGAGGGGAGGGGCUCAUCACUCACUGACCCCUGUCCCUCACUGCUUUCUAACCUUCAGUGACCUCAUGGUCCAAGAUAUCAGUUUUGUGUUCCUGCUCCUCCACCCCUCAGGCCUCUGGGAGUUCUUGCUGCACCCUUUGUGCUAGACACAGGAGAACAGGGAGACCAGAAUAAUCCAGGGUGACUUCUAGAGGGGGCCCCUGGCCCCUCUUCAUGUGACCCAUAUAAACUCAUUUUUUCUUGGC